AUGCCAGCCAGAGUUAGCGGAAUCCAGGCCACUGCCUCCCCUCCCCAACUCCGAUUCCAGAAUCAGGUUCCUGAGCCCAAGCUAAUUAACCAGACCCAGCGAGCCGGGGUGGGAAGCAUCGCCUUCGUGGAGGAGGGUGCCUUCCAGAACCUCUCGGGCCUCCUGGCGCUGCACCUCAAUGGCAACCGCCUCACCAUGCUCUCCUGGGCCGCCUUCCAGCCCGGCUUCUUCCUGGGCCACUUCUUCCUCUUCCGCAACCCGUGGCGCUGUGACUGCCACCUGGAGUGGCUGCGGGACUGGAUAGAGGUCUCUGGUGGCGUCGCCGACGUGCCAUGCGCCUCCCCACCCUCUGUGGCCGGCCUGGACCUCAGCCAAGUGGUCUUCGAGCGCUCCUCUGAUGGCCUGUGCUUGGACCCCAUGGAGUUGGACCUCUUGGCGUCUAGUCUGGGCCCGUCCCCGGAGCCGGUGGCUACCACCGUGAGCAGAUUCGCCAGCCUCCUCUCCAAGCUGCUGGCCCCGAGGGUACCGGUGGAGGAGGGGACCAACUCUACGGCCGGCCUGGCCAACGCCUCGUGGACCUACACCCUUUCCUCCUGUGGGGUUGGAAACUUGGGCCACAAGGGCACAUUUCUCUUUGCCUCUUGUCUUUUGCUAGGUGUGGCCCAGCAUGUGACAUGUGGCCUGUGGAGAAACUGACCCUUGCCAUUCCAGGGCUGCCCAAAGUGCUUUGGCCAAAGGGGGAAAGUUGGGUUUAGGGAGCAGGAUGAGGGCCACUUGGGAAAAUUCUAGUGGAGGAAGAGUUUGCCUCCACAGAUGGCCCUAGG